ACAGCCCCGUGACCUGCUUAUUCUUAGUAACUAUAUGUUUCUGUUCAUUCCUAGUUUCAUGACGUUGCUCUCUAAUAUUGAGAGAUCAUCAGAAAAAACCAUGGAGAUAAUGAAAAAUUUAAGAAGUAUACAGGCUUUGGAGGGCAACAGACAACUUGAAGAUCUCAUUGGCAUUUCCCUAGUACCAUGCUUCUUAAAAGGAGAAGUGAAGAAAACCAAAGAACUAAUGACAAAAGUAAUAAAACAAAAACUGUUUGAAAAGAAGAAUUCAAGAAUUCCUCGCAAAGGUAAAAGAAGUCCUCAUCCCUCAUCAAGAAAACUUCUCUUUGAAGCAAAAAGAAGUUGUUACAGAAAACCACAACCAAUCAUAAGCUUAGUUGUAGAGCCCAGUCCUAAUGGAUCAAUCUAUAAAAACAACUCCCAUACUUAAGGCUCAAGGAUCAUUGCAAAAGCGGAUGCAAAGAGCCAAAGGAUCAGAAGUUUGCUGUUGCAACUAUGUUUCCUAGGAAUGUCAGAAGCUACACCCAUAGUCUCACC